GACGUCAUUGUUGGGGUAUUUUUCAAGAUGGCGCUGGACUGUGGCCGGAAUGCCGCCGCUGCAGUUAACCGCUGAGGGAUUUAAUUAAUCCUCUGCCGGCGGCGACGUUUAACGUCGAAGGACGGAGAAAAUACGGUUGUUCGAGACACCAGACAUGAGCGCGUUACAUCCGGCGGGUGUCAGGUAACGCUGAAGUGUCCCCUGGCUAAAAUGGUAGCCCCUUCCUCCAUGAACAACAAAACCUGCUGCUGCUGCUGCGGAGCUCGGCCGACCGGGCAGGACGACGCGUCGCAGGAUUCUACGCCCGGGGCCGAGGCACGCUAGGCGGACUGAGCGGUCAUGGAAACGACGAGGGAGAACGGAGGGUCGUUUGCGGUCGACUUGAACGAGAACGAAGAAGAAGGUGGAGGAGGAGGAGGAGGAGGAGGAGGAGGAAAAGCGGCUCUCAAAUCUUUCAUCGCACUCAAAGACCACAGCUCCGGUGUCAGCGGGGGUCAGGAAGCCGGGAAGGGUCAUGUUUAUGUGACCGGUAACGGGAGGAAUGUAAACAGAGACGCCCCGGUACCGCCGCCCCCACACAGCGGGGGGGUCGUGUUGGACCUGGAGGUCCUCCCCGGACAGAUGACUGACAGCUGUGUGAUUUCGGGGGUUUGCGGCGAACACGGCGGCCUGAACGGAUUUACUGAGUCAUUCGGUCAGGAGGAGCCGACAAUGGUGGAGCUGGAAGGAGAAGCAGGAGGAGGAGGAGGAGGGCUCGGCCUCACAGGGACCACAGCCGCUUCCUGUCCAGCUGUGCUCCUGGGUCAGGUUUCGGGAGAGACGGGCCCACCGAUGCGGCUGCAUCCUGUGGGGGAAAGCGGAGGGGAAACCCCGGAUUCUGUCGACGUUACCCCGGGAGAGGAGGCGGCUGACGGCGGCGCAGUCACCGGCUGUAUCAGGGCUUCUCUCCCCGCUGCUCGACUGCCAUGCACGGGGAAGCACCAGCCGAACUGCGCCUGCACCGCCUCGGCCCUCUGCUGCCCAGCUGUAAACAUGCCCAACGGAGACUGCUCCGGUUACGAAGCCGGUACCGGGUUCUGUCAGCAGGCAGGGCUGCUCUCCGGUCCGCUACUGGGAAAAAGACUAUGCGACGUGGACGGGGAGGAAGUGAAAGUAGCCAACGGUGGUUUCCACAUUGUGAACACCGCCAGAGCGACGUGUGACUGGGCCGACUCGGACGGUUCCCCAGAGCACAACCCAGACAUUCAUCUGGACCUGGGGGUGAGGCAGGAAAACGGGGCUGGGUCGGGGGUUUGUCUGCGGACCCAGAGUGACUGCAGCGGGACACCUGUCUCCCAGUGCCCGGGGGAGGAUGCGCCAGCUCCGGCUCACCUCCCGGUCCCGUCCAAUGACUCCCCCAUCCCGGGAUCAAGUGCCAAACUCCCCUCCCCCAGCCCGUCCACCCUCUCUAACGGUGGCAGCCCGCUGUCCGAACCCAACAUCCGGGCGGAUGAGGAGGAUUUCAGUGACCUUAGUUUCCCCGUGAGGCCGCAGACUCUGAGGACUAACCCGAACCUCGCGGUGUCCCUCAGCUGCGAUGCCACCCCGCUGUCCCCCGAUGACGAUGGGGGCUUUUAUUUUGGAAACGAGGGGUACGUGGAGGACUUCCGGAACGUGUUGGAGGCUGGUCGCAGGCAGAGUGCUCCGGACAACCUGCCGGACCUGACCGAGCCCUCUGACGGCUCGGACCACAAGCUGAUGCCAAAGAGGUUCGGCAUCGCUGAUUUCUUCACCAGGAGCCUGUUUUCUAGGAAAUCCAAAGAGCCCAAGGCGCUGUCCCAUAAUGCAACAGGGUGGCGACUGUUUGGCAAGACAGCACCCAGAGAGGGCGAUCCAACGAAAGAGCCCGCCUCCACGUUACCUGAGCAACAGGUGGAGGAGGAGGAGGAGGAGGAGGAGGAGAAGGACUGCGGCGCGUCCUCCUGUCCCCAGCUCCCCUCGGCUGCAGGGAGGAGGAAGAACCUGGAGUUUGAGCCUCUGUCCACCACAGCUCUCAUCCUGGAGGACCGGCCGGCGAACCUCCCCGCCAAAUCACUGGAGGAAACCCAGAGACACAAAAUGGAGUAUGAGGAGAUGGUGGCAGGAGCCAAGAGGAGAGAGGUGAAGGAAGCUCAGAGGAAGAAGCGUCAGAUGAAGGAGAGACACAAACAGGAGGACAUCAUCUCCAACGCCAUGGUCAUCUGGAACACCGAGAUCCUGCCACACUGGGACACCAUGAAGGGAACGAGGCGGGUCAGGGAGCUCUGGUGGCAGGGACUUCCUCCCAGCGUCAGGGGACGAGUGUGGAGCCUCGCCAUCGGCAACGAGCUGAACAUCACGCCAGAGCUGUAUGAGAUCUUCCUGUCCAGAGCCAAGGAGAAGUGGAGGAGUUACAGUGAAACCAGCUCGGUCAACGACAGCGAGAGCGAAGGGGCGUCUCUGGCUGACAGAGAGUCCAGUCUGGACCUCAUCAAACUGGACAUUUCCAGAACCUUCCCAUCGCUCUUCAUUUUCCAGAAGGGCGGUCCGUACCACGACCUCCUCCACAGUGUUUUAGGAGCGUACACCUGUUACAGACCCGACAUCGGCUACGUGCAGGGCAUGUCCUUCAUCGCCGCUGUGCUCAUCCUCAACCUGGAGGAGGCCGACGCCUUCAUCACCUUUGCCAACCUGCUCAAUAAACCCUGUCAGAUGGCCUUCUUCAGAGUCGACCACGAGCUGAUGUUGAAGUAUUUUGCAGCCUUCGAGGUUUUCUUUGAGGAGAAUCUUCCUCGUCUCUUCAGCCACUUCCAGACCAACAACUUGACCCCUGACCUCUAUCUCAUCGACUGGAUCUUCACUCUGUACAGUAAGUCCCUCCCUCUGGACGUGGCGUGUCGGGUGUGGGACGUCUUCUGUCGGGACGGCGAGGAGAGCUUGUUUCGGACGGGGCUGGGCAUCCUGCGUCUCUUCGAGGACAUCCUGCUCCAGAUGGACUUCAUCCACAUCGCUCAGUUCCUGACCCGCCUGCCGGAGGACCUGCAGCCACACACACUCUUCAGCGCCAUGGCCAACACACACAUGAUCAGCAGGAACCGCCGCUGGGCUCAGGUGUUUUCUGCGUUGAUGAAGGAUGGAACUAAAGAGACGGACAAAAACACCAGCCCGGCUUUGAGAAGCUAACACUAGCUAACCUCGACGCUAAUGCCAACUGUCUUCAAACUCAAACCCAGCCACGAACGUCGGGAGGUACGCGUCAGAGCUAGCAUCAGAGGCUAGCUGUGAAGCUUGAAGCUACGUAGCCUGAAGCUAAACUCUGAGCUAUGAAGCUUGAAGCGAACACGAGCCGACACUGCAGAAGAAGAAAGAAGCGGCUUCGAGCGUGAAACCAAAGUGGUUGGUUUACGCCAAACUUCGACGGCCUUCGUCAGUAUUUCUCGGAGAGGUGACAGGUUGUUUGGCAGCAGUGUCACGAUGUUACCGGCCGACAAAAGCUGGAGAAUUAAAAAAACAGACUUUCAGAUAAUGUUAUGAGUUAUUUCCCGGCUGACUGGGCCUCCAUGUUGGGACGCACACACCACUAACGGCGAGCGUUACGCCCUGUGUAAUUCUCAAAGACUCCAUUCUAAUUUUCGGUGCUAAUGAUUUUCUAAAGGCUUCAAAGAUGACCUUUAACUAUUUAAUGUAAGGUCCUCGUGGUUUUGACUUCACACUAUAAUCCAUUUGCUGCAUUUGUUAGCUUGAACCAGGCGCCUGGGUCUAAAAAUGACGGGAAUCCGCAGUAGCAUGGCCGAGGAAUUAGCCUCCGACUCUAACCUCCGAGCUUCGUCAUAUUUUCACAUGUAGGCAAAAAAAAAAAAACAGUUUGGAAACUGAACGGGUGACGGUGAUCAUUCUGUACAAUGAAGUCGUUCUUAUUAAUCAGAUAAUCUCAUCAGUGAUCCUAAUUAAGCAGACUGUGACGAAAUAUGUUGUGAUUUUUAUGUUUUUACGGGAACUUAAUUAUUCCACGGUCUUUUUCUACAAGUGUUAGAUAAUUUCAGAUGUAAUCCUGAUAUAAAAAUCAAACUUUUUGCCACUGUUGGUGUUUAACCAGAUGUUGUGGAGUAAAAGACCAUCUGGUAGAGAUUCGGUCUGUUGUGGAUUCUCAGUCGGUGUUUUAAGGAUCCAGACGGACCUGAAGAGCACUUUAUAACGCAGCAGCACCAACACUGGCUUUAAGAGGUGUGGAAACACUUUCAAGAUAAAUUAACGGGCAUUAAGUGACUAAUUGUUUUCUGUCGGUGAUCAACGCAGUUUCCAUUUAGAGCAGAACGCGUAGAAACACGUAGGCGACGCAUCACGUGACGCAUCACGUGACGCAUCACGUGAACACCGGACUAAUUAUUCUUGGCUUGGCUUUUAGAUUUUACUAGUUUCUGGCUUGAGAAUGAAGCUUUUUAUUCCGUGCAGCAGAAAUGUUCUCACUGCUUCUUUCAUCGUCUAUGAAAAAUGUGUAAAAAAGAAAUCAGCAGCCGUCUGGAAGAUUUUUUUACAGAUGAACAGGAUUGUUUUCAGACGAGAAACUAAAGAUGAUGGUGUUUAUUUUUUAUUUAAUUGCCCCGGGAGAUUCUGAGAUCUUAUGUACUUUAUUUUUACCGCACGCGCCAGAACUUUUCUUUCCUCUCGGACGUCAGAUUGUAACUGAACUCUUUCCGACUUUCCUCCGUUGUCGUCAGUUUCUGUUGAGUCUGCUGCUGACUGUAAAACUCCACGAGACUCAAACUGAAACUGUUUUGAUAAUUGUUUAUUCGUGACUCGAACGUCCUCUGAAUCCAGAAUCCACUCUUAUUUAUAUUUUAAAUUAAAUGUCAGACUUUUUGUUUCAGCCAGUCGAGGCGUCUCUAGACAUCACCGCGGACUGCUGGACUGUAAAUCUGUCAGGGCUGCAACAAAUGAUCAUUAUCGAGUCAUCUUUUCAUUUUAAAGUCACAAAAUGAUUCAAAUCUGGAUUUAAGCAUUAAUUUUCUAACGUCCUUCAUGUCCUGACAUCUGAUCGGAAACACGCCACAGUUAGUAUAAUCAAUAAACAAUAUAAAUCCUCAAAGUAACUGUAACUAAAUUUAUCAAAUAACUGAGGUGGAGAAAACGUUUCACAUUCUCCAGUACCUCAAAAUUGGACUUAAAGAUUUUAUUUUUUUUACUGCGAUUAAAUAUCAGUAUGAAAUAUCAGUUAUCAGUCUCCUUGAUUUCCAAUAAUUGGGUUAUCGAUUAUCAGUUCAUCUUCAGAUUGUUUUCUUGACUAAUCGUCUGAAAAAUGUCAGAAAAUAGUUUGACAAACACACUAAAGACUAAUAAUGUUGUUAAAAACCUGCAAAUAUUCACAUUUGCAAGUUUAGAAACUGUUUAAAAUCAGUCAGCUGAUUGCAGAGUUAUAGUUUUCAGUCAGUUAACAGAAAAUAAAUCAAUCAUGUGAGAAAAUAUUCCUCAGAUUGAUGAUAAUGGAACUAGUUGCAGCCCACAGAGAAGUUCUCGUCCUGCGCUCGACGACUCGUCGCCCCGUCGGGUCUCACGGCCUGUUGAAGUGCUUUACAUCACCUCCGUCUCCGCUCUGUCACUCUGAGUUGAACACUCCUCUGAUUAACACUCGCUAGAAACGUACCCUUCACCUCCAUUUCAUCCCUACCUCUAGAUAAACACACACACACACACACACACUACUAACGAUGAAUUCUUUCCACUCACCCACCAGCGAAUGAGCGGGCCUUAAAAACACGGACCAAGCAGCCACAUCUUUGUAGUGUCGUCACCACGUUGAACGCAGCUUUGUAAAAGCCGGAAACUCACCGGAGACGACGAGGAAACCUGCAGGAAGAGAAAGGAAGAGGUUCAAGUUCAGCUCGCCAUUACUUUCUAAGUUAUUGUUCCUUUUCUGAUCACGAUCAGAAUCCUCCUCUGUUAACACUUUCAGAUCUGUCAAACAACUAUUAUUUUAUUUUAAACAAAUGGUAAAAAAGAGCAAGAAGACACGAGUGGUUCCUGCAUCACCGCCGGUGUUACGUUCAGUAAUUAAAUGUAUAAAACUUUGAGAUGAAGGAAGAGUUUGAUUAGAGACUGUGAUAUUCAGGGUCAGAAUGAGUUUAAAGGAACAGCAGACCUUUUCCUGCAGGUUUCUUCUUCUCUGGUGAGUUUUCCUGCAUCGUACCAGUGUUACACCAAAUGACUCCAUAGAUAAAGGGUUUGUUGUUGCACAUCAGCCGAGUAGAAGCCGGUAUCAGUGUUGUUUUUUUUGGGGGGGAACAUGUUUGUGUUGAUGUGUGUGUGAACUGCCAAAACGCUGCGAUCAUUGAAUCAGUCGGACAGAAGCGUCAGAUUCACUGGAGGUGACGCAGACAACCACAUUUCUUUUUGGAGAUUUUGACAAAUUUAAAAAUGGCCUUGUGAUCUUUCUCAGCUAAUCAGGAAGUUAACUGGGGAAGCAUUUUCAAAAUAAAACGUGAGCAGAGUUUAUGUUCAGCAGGUGGGGACGGCAGUGAAACUCCAGUGGAUCUGAACACUUCUGUCCGCUGGAUGAUGAAUCAGAGCGAAGAGAAAAGAAAUUAGCACUUUGUGAACAUGACCUUUCUUUUUAUUUUAUUUUAUAUAUAUUAUUUAAUUACACUAAUUGCAGAGUUCAAUGACACUCAGUAAUGAUGUAGUAAUGCAGAUACACAGGUCUGUGAGCUGGUAAUGAAAUAAGUUCCAGUUAAGUAAAAUUUUCAUUGUUAUAAUGUAAAAGAACAAUAACAAAACUGUAAAUGUGACCGACGUGACGUUGAUUCUUGUAUGAAAACACGUUUCAGAUCUUUAUUUUUAACACAUCUGUGAGUUCAGGGCGACACAAGUUGGUCGUGUUGACUAAUUAACCAUCAGCAGCUCGGUUUGUUACAGCUCGAGGGACUUCUGAUGGAUCCUGACAAGUUUGGGCUGAUCCUAAGAAAAUAUUCUUAACUCGUAAAGUUAAACUUGAAAUUAGACUGAAACCUGAAAAACUACAGAAAUGUUUUGAUUUUAAAUUUGUCUGGCUUAAAAAUUGUGCUGCAGGUGAGAAUACAUUUGUCAGAAACACAACUAUCAAAACAUUUUAAGAUUGAGACUACAGAUAUCUAUAUAUUGUGAUGAUUUCAGAUUUAUAGAUGCAGGUUUUAAUCGUCGGUUAUUUCACUCGAACAGAAUGAAACGAACCAUCAGGUGUGUUGGAGAUGAAACAGGAUAUCUUUGUGUGUUUCACUCACGUUCACUCUGUGUUGACUCUUUCAAUUCAAAGAUAAAAGUGCAAUAUGGUGUUUGUUUAGCCAGAGAAAUUCAGUAUAAUUACCCAGAAUCCUCAGCAGGUUGGUUUAACGCUCCCUCGUCUCACGUCACUCCAGAUUUUUGAUGAGAUAUUCAGACAGCUGCAGAGAGAAGAAGGGUGAUAUUUCCCCUCAUAUGUGUUUGUUGUAUUUUAGUUCCAGCGUCGCUCUCCAGUUGUUUUACACUUUCAUGUAAAUUCAUCUAGUUUCUUUUUUUUCUCAUUUUCUUGUCAGAUUUCAGUGUACAGUUUUUUUUUUCAUAAUGCCUUACAGGUGAUGUAAAUAGACUGUAAAAAUGUUCUUUCUUUUCAUAUAAUGGCCACUAGUUAAAUGUGUAAAUAAAUAUCUCAGCAAAUGGU